AAAGUGGACACUAUAUACACAUUUUGACCGUAAUUUAUACCUCAUUUAAAUCAUGUGAGAAAAGUUUAAAUAAAAAUUUUUUUGAUUGUAAUUAAUUGUGUUUAAAAAGUGAAUUAAAAUGAAUAGAAAUUUAUGUAAACUUUUGUGCAAUAAAUGCAAAUUCAAUGGACUUGUGAUGAAAAGGCAUUUAAACGCCAAUUCAUUUGAUUUUGGUUUUCUGGCCGUUCAUCAGAAGAUAGCGAACUCCGGUGUUGUCAACCAAACCAAAGACAAUCUCAUCCUAUUUCACGAGUGGUCGGGAAUGUCGUGGAGUCUGGAGAUAGCGCUCAUGACAGCCGCCAUCCGAACACUCAUUACAUUCCCCUUAAGUAUUAGUCAACACAACAUUUUGGCCAAAUAUGAAGCUCUCAAACCAGAGAUCAGUCAUUUCGCUCAUCAGCUCAAGAAGGAGGUCGACUCAGCCCAGUAUCUCCUCAAUUGGACACCACUUAAGGCCAGACUUAUGCACACAUAUCGGAUGAAACAAGAAGUGAAACGAUUGAUAAUUAGAGACAAUUGUCAUCCAAUGAAGGCCUCGAUUGUAGUUUGGUUUCAAAUCCCGAUUUGGAUUAUAGUCUCGCAUUCAAUACGACAGAUGUCUUUCGUGAACGCAAUGUCUGACCCGAAGGCACAACUCGUUUACAGCCAAUUGUCUUCCGAAGGGAUUCUAUGGUUUCAAGACUUGACACAAACGGAUCCCUACUUUGUUCUGCCGUUUCUGACGGCAAUCGUUAACUUAACUAUAGUUCAGAUGCACUCAAACGAGAGACUCAAGAGAAUGCAAACGGCGACCAAAAUGCACACAAUUAUCACAAACCUGGGCAGAGUCAUUAUCACAAACCUGGGCAGAGGUCUGAGUGUGGCUCUCAUCCCAAUUGGUCUCUAUAUGCCUACAUCAGUUUGCUUAUAUUGGUUCACAUCGUCGACAAUGGGCUUAAUUCAGACAAUUAUAUUACAUAACAAUGCAUUCAAGCAAUGGUUGGGCACAACUCGACCCGACACUACUCGGGUUGAGCCCAGUGUUGGCAAAACCCAAUCUAAUUAACCUAUAAUUAUAUACCCA